AUGGAUUCUUCAAAAUUUGAUAAAAAAGGCUCCACUGAAUCGGAAUCUAGCGUUGACAAGGGGCCAUCAGUAAAGGUCGAUUCACUCGGUAGGAAGGUCUGGGACCGCAACUACUUCACAGAUAAGGCGAUAAGCAAGUCAGCCGGGGGCGACGUUGUCGAGGAAACGAUUUCGACUCUGUACAAGGGCACGUUUAAGAAGCCAGUGAUCACAGUGCCCGAGGUCAGGGAGGACCUGAAGCCGAGGAAGGAAACAAUAGACUUCUCAAAGUAUGUCGGAAGAACGGAAGUGAUUGACGCGCUUGGACCGAAGGCGAAGCAGGGAGGCUUUUUCUGUAAAACGUGCAACUGCCUGCUCAAGGACUCGCAGACGUACCUGGACCACCUUAACGGAAGGAAACACAACAGACUUCUCGGAAUGACGAUGCGAGUGGAGAAGGUGGACGCGAAAACGGUAGCAGCCAAGCUUCGCAACCUGGCGAACCAAGAUGCGAAGGCAGCGAAGACAAAGGAUGAGCUGGAGAACGACGCCAGAGAACGUAUAAGGGAGCUCGAGAUGUACGAGCGAGAGAUGCGCGAAAAAAGAAAACUGAUGAAAAAGGAAAAGAAAAGAAAGAAGCACCAGUCAUACAGUCUAAAAGAGGAUGUCAAGGAAGAGCAAAGUCACAAGCUGGUGAAAAGUGAGCCAACAGUCAAAUCGGAAAACGAAGAGUACGAAGAUGAGCUAUCUCCAGAACUGGAGGCAAUGAGAGCGUCAGGACUUCCAAUAAGCUUUGCAUAG